CCCCCAAGAUGGCGGCGCCCAUGUCCCCGGCGCGGCCCUCGCUGCUGCUCGGCGUGUAAUCCCCACCUGGCGGGUCGGGGCGGGGCCAUGGAGGGCUCCGAGUUCGCGGCCUCGCUGGUGGCAGGCGGGGUAGCAGGUGUCUCUGUUGACUUGAUACUGUUUCCGUUGGAUACCAUUAAAACCAGGCUGCAGAGUCCGCAUGGAUUCACCAAGGCUGGUGGUUUUUGUGGAGUGUAUGCUGGUGUUCCUUCUGCUGCUAUUGGGUCCUUUCCUAAUGCGGCUGCCUUUUUUCUCACCUAUGAAUAUGUGAAAUGCAUUUUGCACACGGAUUCUGCCUCAUAUCUCAUGCCUGUGAAGCAUAUGGUAGCUGCCUCUGCUGGAGAAGUGGUUGCCUGCCUGAUUCGAGUACCCUCUGAGGUGGUUAAGCAGAGGGCUCAGGUGUCUGCUUCUUCAAAAACAUUUCGGAUUUUCUCUAACAUCUUACGUGAAGAGGGUGUCCAGGGACUGUACCGAGGGUACAAAAGCACCGUCUUACGAGAGAUUCCUUUCUCCUUGGUCCAGUUUCCCUUGUGGGAGUUCUUAAAAGCGCUGUGGUCCUGGCGGCGGGGUCAUCCAGUGGAUUCUUGGCAGUCUGCAGUCUGCGGGGCUUUUGCAGGUGGCUUCGCGGCUGCGGUCACAACACCUCUGGAUGUGGCAAAGACAAGAAUCAUGCUGGCAAAGGCAGGCUCCAGCACUGCUGGUGGAGACGUGCUCUCUGCCCUGCACGGGGUCUGGCGGACCCAGGGGCUGGCAGGGUUAUUUGCAGGCAUCUUCCCGCGAACAGCAGCCAUCAGCCUUGGGGGAUUCAUCUUUCUGGGUGCUUAUGAGCAGACUCGUAGCUUGCUGUUGGAAGUGGGCUGGAAGCGCCUGUGAAACAGACACUACCUCACCCUCUUCCUUGGAGACCACCUACGUCCUGAGAUGUGCCAGCCACAGGCCACUGCAGUUCCAGUGACUAGAUGCGUCCAGGUGGCUUUGGUCAGCUGAGCCCCGUGGCCACCACUGUCCUUACAGGUGGGUCAGCAUCUCGGGAAUGUGCUGUUGGUCUGUCCAAGUUUUUUCAUCAGGAGAAGUUAUCAAAGGCAGAACAAUGACCCCAGCAUGCACAUAGAUUUAUAAAUGAACCUUUAUUAAAGACACUUCAAUGCCAUUUGUUAGACACUUCAAUAUUUUACAUGUUUUUCAAUGUACAAUGUACCAAAAUUUCUAUAAAUAAAUAACUUUGUACAUAAAAAGUAAUACUUCCUCUUUCACAUUGCCUCUCAGAAGCAGCAAGUUCACAUAUUUUGUGGAAGUAACAUUACUCACCUACCUGUGCAGAAUAGUGAGGACCUCACAUAGGUCAGCAUUUUGUCAGUAACUCCCUUUAGCUAAAGGAAUUUGUUUUUUGAGAUUUUAAGGACCUCGUUUGUUUCAAUGCAAUUUUAAUGAAUUACACAUUGGCACUCACAAGAUGGUUAGCUGCAGGUCCCAAAAGUGCAAAUGUGCCCAGCUCCACCCACUGUGUAAGGGAAUGGUGUGGACAGGCUGGCUCCCUAGUAGAAAUCUCAUUCCGAAAGGUGAGAAUUGUCUACCCCCAAUGUAGUGUUUUUAGAAAAUCCACAGGUACUAAGACCAGCAGCCUUUGCCUUAACUCUAAAAUGAGCUGCAAAGAAGGAUGAGGCCCUGCUUGGCGGUCCUGCCCACUGCUCUGGCAAGGUAACACACACUGCCCAGCCAUGCACACGGAGCCAGCCUUCCCUCCUGCUUGAAACGGUGAGUGGCAAAUGAACUUUCUGCCCCUAAAUGUGGGCUGUGCAUUAAGGCACCAGAGCUAUUCCCGACCCCUUAGAAAUUAGCAACCUGAUAUGAAAAAUAAUAUUGUCAAAACUGUAAUUCUGCUGUUAACCAUGCACAAAGGAUUAAAAUAGCCUCUGUAAAAGAUAUAUAAUAUAUAUAUGAAAACUCUUAUGUACAAUG